CUGUCUACUGUCUAAACAAGAUAUCAGAUUCACGUCUGUCGGCCUGGUAUUGAUUCACCUCUCGUGUAUUGUUAAUGUCGGCUCAAACAUGGAGAAAACUGCCGUCUUUAUAGCCGCUAGUGUCUCUGCGUCUACAUUCUGAAUUUUAAUCAUUUUUUUUUUUUCAUAUUACCAGGACUUAUUAUUAAGGAUGAUUUGAAAGUGUUAUAUUCAUAAUAUUCAGGGCCUGGCUUUUACUUUCACAUCUUUAAGAUGUAAGAUUUUUUUCUUAUGUGUGCCAGUUACCUUUAGGGCAAUAUUUUGGUAUUUUCCUGUGAAAAAUGUAUUCUGGAGGUUAAGAAAGCUUCCGUCAGUUAGGUGCAGAGGCUGUACACAUGAUACAAGUAGUCCCCCAUGAACAGAUAUACAACAACAAAAAAGGAAGCUGUAAUGGACUCAAAAUGACUGAUAUUUUAAAGCACACUGUUCACUUCAGUAACAACGUUAUAAUACCUGAAAAUACGAUGGAACAUGGUAUAGACAUUUCAAAUGAUUUGAAAAGGAAGAAUGAAAGCGCUACUGGCCAAGAUGUAGAAACUUCAGGAGAUUUAAGUGAGAAAAUCAAUAAUGGAAGUGAUGACCCAAAGACUACUGCCAUGGAUGUAGAGAGCAAAAAUGAUGGGAAAAUAGAGGAGUUUAUAGAUGACAAUGAAAAGAUUCAAAGCAUUGUAGCAGUAGCUAUAAAAGGAGAGGUAGAUGAAAAAGAAAGUCCUGAAAGGAAUAGUUUGCUGUUGAUUCCUGAAACAAGAGAAAUGUCAGCUGAUGGAGCUGCAGUUAAUGAUGAUAAAGUGGAGAUAGAAUCUGGUGUAAAUGACAUGUGUACAGCAGAGAAAGCAGAAAACAUUAAAACUUUUGAGGAUAUUAAACAUGAAAUGGAUCAGAAAUAUUUGGAAGAAGAAUCGGUGAAAGCCAAAGAAUUGAAGCAAAUUGAAAAUAACCCUGGCAAAUAUAUGAACAAAACUCUCUUGAGAAGUAAAUUGAAUGGUAGCAUAGAUGUUGAGAGUGUGGAGGCAAGUGAACAAGUCAUUAGUAAUGAAACAGACAAAUAUGACAGGAAUUUUAAAUCUGAUUUAGAUGGAAGGAAAAUGGAAAAUUUAAGAAGGGGGAAGUUUCCUCCACUCAAAUGUGAAGUUGAUAAAAAUUUAGAUCUCUCAGAAGAUGAAAUGUGUUUUACAGAAGACUCUGAUGAUGACAGGGAUUUUUCAGAGUUUGAUAAGCUGUAUUUGAAGAAUAUAUCUGGUAAAAAUAUUAAAGAGAAUGGGAAAGACUUGUUGAAGUUUGCAGAAGUACUUUAUAAGUGCACGUUAUGCACUUCAAUCCCAUCCAUCCUUACAUCAGAAGACAGUUUCAUCAAACAUGUGAACAGGCAGCAUUUGUCUGAAGAUUCACACUGCCACACAUGUAAAAUGUGCUCAUUAAAGGUUAGAACUGAAGAAGAUUUAAAAGAACAUGUGAUCUAUUCACAUACAGGAAGUGAUGAAAACCUGUCAUGUGACUUUACAGGAAGUGACAUCACAGGGUCACAUGAUCAGAUGAUUGACAGUAACAAUGAUAGUGAUUCCGAUUCAUCUGGUCAUAGACAGUUAAGAGCAAAAGUGAUAAAAAGAAGUAAACCAGUCCAAGAUUUUGAAAGUCCCAAACAGUUGGUUGAUCAUACAGGGAUUGAAACCUUGAAUGGUUCUCUAGAUCUGACACAGAAACAUUUUUAUGAAAACAGAGAACCAGACAAAGUAAAAAAGAAUAAAACUAAUAAAGACAGUAGUGUGAUAGAUAUUAAACAGAUAACUGAUCAGAUCAUAAAGUCUGAUGUUCAGGGAAGGAAUGUUUCUAACGGCAACCUGGCAAAAUUGCCAUUCAACCCAAGUUUUACAGCAGAAUUUGGGAAGUACACAAAGUUGGUCAGAGAAGGAGGAAAUAUUGUAUAUUUCUGCCAAAUCUGCAACUGGAAAUCACCAAUCAAAACAACAUUUCAGGUUCAUUGUAAUAUGUCAGCUCAUAAAAAUAAAGUUUUGUCAGCCGAAAACCCCGAAGAUAAUCAUGAUUCAAAUUCUAAAAGUCCCAAAUGCUGUGAAAAAAAUCUGAGCCCAAAUUUAAAAACUGAGAAUUCUAAAGAUAAUGGCAAGAGACCUUACUCUGCGCAGGAUAUUUCUGUAGGACCCAGAAUGCCAGAUCAAAAUUUAUUCUACAAUUUCAUCAUGAGGCCAAAGGCAGUAACUCAGUGUAGAGGGCGAACACCUAUUGUCUCCCCUUAUGGUACAAGCAGUUUUAUUGAAGAUGCGAGAUUUACAUAUAAAAGACCAAAUGAACACCCGGUUGAUUUGGCAAUGAAAAAAAGAAAGAGGCUUUUGAAACAUUCUAAAUUUGGACGGAAUUCAGAUUCGGAUAGUGAUGACAGCAGGGACAAUAAAAUUUGCUUGUCGACGAAAUCUAGUCAUUCCUCUAAUAUGACUCUGUUGAGACAAAAGCUACUGGAAGGUAGGUGUGGUAAUAAGCAGUCAAAUAAGGGAAAGGAGCGCCAAAUUGUUUGUGAAAAUUCCAACUUUCCAGCAGAUUUAUCCAAUGGUUCCAAUCCAAAAAGAUCUGAAUAUUGUAGCAAAACUUUGGAAUUAACUUCAUUUAAGAAAGAAAAGCUUGAUUACGUAGGAACUGAUGGAGUUAAUUGGAAUAAAAGACAGAACUAUCCUGAAAUGGAUGGAAACCAUUCUAAUCGCUUUGUGGAAAAAGAUGGUAUUUCUUAUUUGUCUGAGUCUAGAUAUAGGACAAAGAUCAAGGAUGAGGUUAAGAUGUCAGACUCAUUACUUACACAAUAUAAAUGUCAUGCUUGUUCAUUUAGAUAUUCAGAAGUGGAUGAAUAUGAAAGACAUUUUGACAAAGUACAUAAAUCCUCUGUUGGAAACUUACUUAGUCAUGGUUCCCGAGGGCCCAUGUGGCCUCAGGGACUUGAUGACUCUGGGUCUGGUUCCAGGUUUGGGAUGGAUUCUGGGAUAGGUGCUGAAGGAAAAGGGGAACCAUUUGGAGGGAGAAAUGUAGACCAGACUGUUUCAGGGAGUUGUGAGAUGGGAGAAAACUGGAGAGUGCAGAAACUGAAAGAAGUACUGCCAGAUUAUGUGGUUGAGUGUGAUCGCGGCAAUACAUCUCGAGACUACCUGCUACAGUGUAUCAGCAGCUCCUCUGGUAUACAGGAUGCCGUACUUUGGUCAUCGGCAUGUAAUCGAGCAAUGAGGGAGCUGUAUCCAAACAGUCAGGCACAGAGAAAGGGAAAAUACAAAAAAACUUACUACUUUGGGAUUUCCAUGUUGGAUGCAUACCAAAUACAAGAGGAGCUCCCUGGAACAGAAGGGGAAUCCCCACUUUACCAGCCUCAUAGGGACAUCAAUAUUGACAUGGAAAAAAUUGUAGAACAUCUUCCUUCCAUUUUAAAAUGGACAGGAAAUAUGGAUUCUGGUGUUCACCGGCAAGACUUGCUUUUACUGCUCUGUGAUGUCAUACAGGACUCGGACGUGAGCAACUGGGGAGCGCAGUGCAAUCGUGCCAUACGUCUUGUAUUCCCAAACAUUGAUAUGAAGAGGAAAGGCAAAUAUAAAACUACCAUGUAUCAAGGCGUGGAGUUCCAGAAAGAUGUUUUGAAGAGACUUGCAAAAUACAACAACCAUUUUGUUGAUCUACAGAAUGCAGACCUAAGUAACAGGAAAAGUCCAGUUAAUAAUCCAGUAGAAAGUAACUUUAUUCCGAAAGAACAUAAAAGGGGGAAAACUCUUGAAAGAUUACUUACAAGGGACAGUAACUCUCCAGAGAUUGUACCACAUUUUGAACAAAUUGAUACUAAAAAUAGAUCACCUGUGUUGACUUAUCCGCAAUGGAUGAAGAAAGAAGACCAAAUUGAAAUGGGACAAUAUCUGGCCAAAUUUGGGGGAGUUUCAAUGUUCGAGACACAAAAUGGUUCACCAGGGUUGGAUGAGUGUAAUGAUGUAUGUGAUAAAGUGACAUUUAAUCAGGGUGAUGAUAAAUCUGGUGUUAAUGUACCAGUAGAUCAGGGUGAUAAAAAGUCUGAUACUGAUGUAGCGGUGGAUCAUGGUGAUGACAAGUGUGGUAUUAAUGUACCAGUUGAUCAGGGUGAUGAUAAUGAUGGGGAUGAUGAAGAAGAAUCUCUUGACAGCGUGCAGAUCCAGUGAAAAUUUUAUACUGAUAUGUAGUAGUGAUCUGACUGUUAACAUGCAUUUUUUUACUUAAUUUUUUUGCAUGACUCAGUGAUAGAAACAGUCUCAGUAUGUUACAGACUUUCAUAAAUCAAUCUAGUAUAGGUACAAAAUCUAAAUAUUGUUUUUUAAAAUAGUAUGCAUAUUUCAUUACAUACAAUUUGGAAAGUGCAUACAGAGGUAUUUUUGGAGUGAGGUACCCUUUCUUACCCCAAGCAAACAGUUUACUGUCCCAUCAGUUUUGUUAGGUUACAUAUGAAUUCCUCAGAAACUGAUACAGGCAUGAUUAUGAAACAUAACACAGGAUUUUAAGGCCACACAACAAGUUCACAGACCAGGUUCCAUAACUCUGACUUGUUUUUGACAAAUUUUGCACUUCCAAAAAUAUUCUAAAGUUGACAUUAAAAUUCUUCAGUAUGUCUAAAACCUGUUGUCAUGCAUUGAAUUGAAACUUCAUUACACCGUUUUGAGUCCUAAUACAAGUUAACAAAUCAGGUUCCAUAACUCUUCGUUUUAUUUUGACAAAAUUAUUCCCCAUGUUGACUUAAAAAACAUGGCAAAAUUUUUGUUCUCCUUGAAUAUCGCUAAAACAUGUAAAGGUAUUGCAUGAAAACUUCUCGGUAAUAUAAAGCUCUGGACUUCUCACAGCCAACUGACACAACUCCCAUAACUUUACUUGGCCAAAAAUGCAAUUACAGAAAUAAGUUCCCAAAGCAUGUUAAAGAUUCCUCGAGUAUUAUUUGGCAUUUUGUAUCAUUGUUGGUUGCCUUAUUUAUGAACACACAUUUUGCAAAGUGACGGUCAUCCAUGAACAUUUUUCUUUAGACAACAGUCUCUGGUUGGAUCUUACAAAUUUGGCAGGCAUGUUAUUGAAGUGUGCUGUUUAAUUCAUUUUCUGAGCAUUUAACUCCACAUGUGACAUUAAUCUUUGUAAAAAAAAGACUGCAGGCGUUUAUUUCAUUUGAUAUAAUCAUAUGAUACAUUUGUAUAUGUGCUACAAGAUUGGAGCGGAAUUCAAUCUGCAGCUAUUAGUAAUUACUGUAUAGUCAUUUAUUAGUGGUAAAAUUAGGUUGGUUUUCUGUAAAAGUAUUUACAGCUCAUAAAGGAAUUCUGUAUGAUAAUGGGAUGUAAAAUAUGCCAGAAAGAGACAAGGGAGGAUUAACCAAGUGUAUAAAACAUAAAAAAAAAACUUCGAAUUUUAGUUUAAUUAUAGUUGCCACAGGCAACUCCACUUGAAGAAUGUUAGUUAUUGCUGGAUUUUUUUUCCGAGCCUAAUUCAACAUACAGAAGAUUCACUUUUAAUCCUUAUCAUGCUGGACACAAUUGAUCCUGCCUUUGCGACCAGUGUAGAUCAUGGUCAGCCUGCACAUCCAUGCAGUCUGAUCAAGAUCUGCACUGUUUGCCAUUCAGCCAGUAUCUUUUUGGUAAGCACCCCUUUUAACAGUUAAUGGCACUGUCCAAAUUGACAGAUGGACAAGUUCAUUAUAGAAAUUCAGAAGAGUAAGGGUUAAUGGAUUACUAUUCUUAAAGUUGAAAGGUGUAAGCAUUCUCACUCUUAAAUAAAAACAACUAGAAAAACAAAUAAAAACAAGAAGCCUGACCUCCAAAUUUAAGAGGCUAGUGCAUUGUGUGCCAGCAUGGUUUUUUAUCCUCAAGGGCUGUACCAGUAAUCUUCAGCAUGCAUAUUUGUCAAUAUCCUUGUGUAAAUGUGAUUUAAAUUGACACUGUCUUCAGAUAAUGUCUUUUACGUAGUCUAUGAUAUUGCUGUGCCAUAGCAAGUGCAACAUGCACACAAUUUUCGUUCUUUUAUUAUAUUGUUAUUACGCAAUCCAUCUUAGAUUUGUUCUUCUAAAUUGAAGUGUGCCUAGCCAUACAUCUGAUUAAAAAAUAAUGAUUGUGUAUUUUUUGUCGUUGUGUAAAAUCAGUGCUUGUAUUUAUAAAGCUUUUUCUAGUCUUAAUUUGUCCUAAUAUUAGGUUUUGGUUAGCUUAAUUUAUGAAUGUUAACCUUUAGCCUGCUCAAGGUGAUUGAUUCUGCCUUUGCGACCAGUGCAGACCAAGAUCAGCCUGCACAGAUUCAUGGUCUGCAUUCAGUCAGUCAAUUUUCAGUGAACACCUCUUCAAAUAAUAAGUGGUACUGCCCAGAUUGAAUGAUGGAACUGUCCAUUUUAGUAAUAUAGCAAGGUAAUGGUUAAAAUGCAUUUGAAGUUUUAAAAGCAAUUCCAGCUUACUUUCUCUCAUUACAAGUGGUUUUCAUCUUUAAAACACAUAUUUAAACUCUAAUUUAAGGUAGUUUUGCAUGUUUGGAUCCAAAAUUUUUAUAUAGUGUAGAAUAUGACUUAACCAGGAUUUGAAUGAAACAUCAUGGUAUAUAUUGCAACAAAACUUUUAAAAAGUGAUCAAUAACACCGAUUGAUGUUCCCCGAAAUUACUGUAACAUAAGGGGCUUUUCUGUCACAGAGGUUGUACUAAGGAGAAAUGUGUUCAGCAAGAGUUGUAGUUCUUUAAUACUGCACUCCCUCUCACUGAUCUCUAUGAAUAUGUAAAGUAUCAAGUGAAUACCUUACAUAGUAAUCCAGUUACGCCCAGUACAAGGUUUUCAAAAAAGGGAGAUAAUUAAAAAAUACGACCACCUAGUGUUAUGGUUUCCUGUCACUGCUGCUUACUCUCACUGACCUCUAUGAAUAUUUAAAGUAUCAAGUCAAUACCUUGCAUAGUCUUCAAUUUAUGUCCCAGACAAGGUUUU